AGAGCAAAAAGGGUAAUAACAGCAAAACUGCAAAGCCUUCAUUUUCGUAUCUGCAACUGCAAAGCGUGGACUUUCUAGUUUCUACUCAGUUUUGUUCAGAUCCUGUAACACCUUUCUGUUUCUUCUUUCCAAAUUGGACAGUAUACAAACUUCCAUCCCCAUAUCUUCUCCUCACCCCCCCCCCCCCCCCACAAACACCCCACCUCUCUCCCUUUUCCAACAAACCUAGAAGAAAAACCAACGAAAACAAGCAAGAAAUGAUAUUAUAAUUUUCCAGAUAUUUUUGUUUCAAAGGAAAAAAAAAAAAACAGAAAAAAGUAAUCAAAAUCUAUGGCUGAGAAUGAAGGAUCAUCAUCAUCAUCAUCAACGUCAAGAGCUCAAUUACUACGUCCAACAAUAACUUUACCACCGAGAAAUUCAAUGGAAAGUUUAUUUUCGGUCGGGUCAAGUGGUAUUAGCCCGGGUCCAAUGACCCUAGUAUCUAGUUUCUUCUCAGAUAACGAUCCGGAUUCGGAUUGUCGUUCUUUUUCUCAGCUUCUCGCCGGUGCAAUGUCAUCUCCGGCGGGUUUUUCCAGCGUUCGACCGGGUUUCCGGCCAGUUCCUCCGCCAUAUACGGCGGCGACGGCACAGGAGUAUAAGCAGAAUAGGCCAACGGGUUUGGUGAUAAGUCAGUCGCCUACGACGUUUACUGUACCGCCUGGAUUGAGUCCAGGUGGUUUGCUUGAUGGGUUCUUCUCACCUGGCCAGGGCCCCUUUGGAAUGUCACAUCAGCAAGUGCUUGCUCAAUUUACAACUCAGGCAGCCCAGGCUCAGUCUCAAAUGCACAUUCGGCCCGACUAUCCGUCUUCUUUAACAGCAGCUGCAACGUCAUUGUCACAGUUCCAGUCCUUAGCAUCAAACGCAGCAGCAAACCAACAGAUACCUCCUCCUGCAUUAAAUCCUAACAUCGUGAAAGAGUCAUCAGAUGUUUCCUUAUCUGAUCAGAGGUCAGAACCUGCUUCCUUUGCUGUUGACAAACCUGCUGAUGAUGGCUACAACUGGCGAAAGUAUGGGCAGAAGCAGGUCAAGGGAAGUGAAUAUCCACGAAGCUAUUACAAGUGUACACAUUCAAAUUGUCCAGUCAAGAAGAAGGUUGAGCGCUCCCUAGAUGGCCAGGUGACAGAGAUUAUAUAUAAGGGCCAGCACAACCAUCAGCCGCCUCAAUCUAGUAAGCGUUCAAAAGAAAGUGGAAAUCCAAAUGGAAAUUAUAAUUCUCAAGGGUCCUAUGAGCCCAGCACUGAGGGUCUGACUGGAAAUUUUAACAAACCCAAGGAGGGCGAAACAUCCUAUUCGUUAAGAAUGAAAGAUCAUGAAUCCAGCCAAGCAACACAUGACCAGAUCUCCGGAUCAAGUGACAGCGAGGAAGUGGGUGAUGCUGAGACUAGAGUGGAUGGAAGAGACAUUGAUGAACGGGAAUCAAAGCGGAGGGCUGUAGAAGUACAGACUUCAGAGGCAGCUUGUUCUCACCGGACAGUUACAGAACCUAGGAUCAUCGUUCAAACAACCAGUGAAGUUGAUCUUUUGGAUGAUGGUUAUAGGUGGCGAAAGUAUGGCCAAAAGAUUGUUAAAGGAAACCCUUAUCCAAGAAGCUAUUACAAAUGUACGAGCCAGGGAUGUAACGUAAGAAAGCAUGUCGAAAGGGCGGCAACUGACCCUAAAGCAGUCAUAACAACAUACGAGGGUAAACAUAAUCAUGAUGUGCCUGCAGCCAGGAACAGUAGCCACAAUACCACUAAUAACUCUAUGUCACAAUUGAGGCCACACAACCCUGUAGUUGAUAAACCAGCUGCAAUGCGAAGAACAAACUUUCCAAACAAUGAACAACAACCUAUAGCACUUCUACGUUUCAAAGAAGAACAAAUUACAUGAUUUAUGAACACAUCAUUCCAGCAUGGUAAUCAACAGGGAAGCAAGGGAAGACUUUGGCCAUGUAGAGGGCUGUAACUUAUUUUUGAAUGGUUCUAUUUCUCGCGUUUGCAAUGUUGAUGUUGGUCUCCCCCAACAAUCAUGAAACAGAAAUGUUACAGAAGUUGCGUUGUCACGAAAUAAUAGGUCAGGAAGGAGUGGUUUGAAUAUGAAUUGUUUGUAAAUGUUAUCAAAAAGAGCACAGAGUUAGCUGUGUUAUUUCUGUAUGCAUUCUUUGUGUAAAUCCUUUUGUAUUCCAACAUGUAUUGGCUGUUUAUUGCUGCAUUUGAACUAGCACAGUGAAUGACUACACUAUUUUUGCAUUUAACGCCAAUCCCUCUACCUUGUAAUCUUUAUAGUUAGGCCUUUCAUCUGAAUUUACAUGAAGUUUUUGG